CUGCGUCCCCUUCAGCAGUUGUAACGGAGCUGCAGCUCUAGAGCAUUACCCCCGGAGGAGCACCGAGGAGCGGGGGCCGUGCAGGCGGGUCGCAGCUGUGCGGGGGGAGCCCGAGUCAUCGCCCCGCGUCUCGCGCCGUGGUCAGCAGCAGUCACUAGGACCCCGCAGAUGUCUGUGAGGGGAUGGCAGCAGCAGGGCAGCACUGAGCAUGUGCGGACCGGGGCUUCUCGCCUGCUGCUCAGUUAGUUACUGAUAUAAACAGCUGGAGGUAGUGGAGCCCACAGAAUGCAGGCGGGCACCGUGUGACUGCUGAGUAGAUGGCACCCGGGGCACGGGCACACCAGGCUGGCACAGGAUGCGACAGGGAGCCGAAUCUCUCCUCUCCUUCUGCGUAGCCUAUUGGAGUGUUACUUUUUCCUCCACCCGUAUGUCACAGAGGCUGUGAAAUACUUCCAGUAAGUAAAGAAUCCAAGAUUAUGGAGCAGACCUUUGAAACUAUUGAACAGAAUUUACAAAGGUGUAGCCAUACAUAGCUAAAAUGUGGCUACGUUUCAUGGGAACUGUAAAUGGACCUGAGUUGAAUUUCCGGAAGGAUAUUAUUUAAGAAAAUUAAUUCAAACUAUCUGUUUGCUUUCUUUUCAUAUAUUAUUUUUUUUUUUUUUUUUUUUUUUACAUUCCUUUGUUUUUUGGCGAGGGCAUGGCCAAACCUUUUUUUAGUCUACAGAAAUUUCUAAGGCGGGCUCAGUUUUUUCUCUUCUUUCUCACCAUUGCCUACUUAAUGGCUGGAAGUCUGCUGCUUUUACAAAGGUCUUACCUGGUGAUUCAGCAAAAUAACAGAGGAACUGCUAAUGUGCAGGGCUCAGCAGUUGAUGGUUUGAUGCCUCUUGAUAGAUAUCUGGAACAAAGGAUGUUUCGAUCUUCAUACUGGAAUACAAAAGGAUUAGCAGGUGGAAAUAUUCAAGAGAAACAAGAAAGUAAUGGUUUACUUGACCAGCCACUUUGGCUGAUCUCACGAAAUUCAGAGUUAAGGCAGCUGAGAAGAAGAUGGUUUCAUAAUUUUGUGGGUGAUCAAGAACAUGGUCAGGAUGUACCCCCAAAACUACAGAAGCACGCAACUGUAAAUAAAGGUACAUACAUUGGAUGCUUCAUAGAAAAUGCUGAAGAUAGGACUCUGAAGGCUACGGUAUUCUAUGAUCUGAGGAAGAUGACCAUAAGUCAUUGUCAGAGUGCCUGUGCAGAAAGAACAUAUAUUUAUUCAGGUUUGUCCUAUGGAUCCGAAUGUUACUGUGGCAACAGUCUGCCCCCAAACCGAGCCAAAGAAAAAGAAUGCAACAACGAGUGUAAAGGAGAGAAAGGUUCUGUCUGUGGAGGUGUUAGCCGUCUCUCGGUCUUCCAGCUAGAGAAACUACACACCGUGGUCAAGCAGAAAAAGAAUUCUACUUAUCGGGGAUGCUAUAGAGCUCCAGAAAACGGGACAGAUGUAUUUCCUGCAUCGUUUUUCAACAUCUCUACAGAUAUGUGCUUAGAUUUUUGCUCUGCUAAAGAAUACCCCUUAGCCAUUAUCCAAUGGCCGGAAUGCUUCUGCGGUUACCCUGAGGUUCAGUUUAACCUUUAUGAACGCCUGGAUGACUAUCUUUGUUCUGGGUCCCUGAAUGACAGCAGUGGAUCAGAGGUCUUAAGGGAUGAGAAUUAUUAUUCAGUCUACCAGACUCCCAUACAAGAUACUCGUUGUACCUCAAGGAGGUUCCUACCUACAAAGUCAAAAGUGUUUAUUGCCUUGUCGAGCUUUCCCGGUGCAGGAAAUACAUGGGUGAGACAUCUUAUAGAGCAUGCCACAGGAUACUACACUGGAAGCUACUACUUUGACGGGACCUUGUACAAUAAAGGCUUUAAAGGCGAAAAAGAUCACUGGAGGAGCGGACGGACAAUAUGUGUAAAGACUCAUGAAAGUGGCAAGAGAGAGAUUGAAAUGUAUGAUUCCUCCAUUCUACUGAUUCGAAACCCUUACAAAGCCUUGAUGGCAGAGUUUAAUAGGAAGUGUGCGGGUCACCUAGGAUAUGCAACAGAGACGCACUGGAAAAGUAAAGAAUGGCCAGAAUUUGUUAACAGCUAUGCAUCAUGGUGGGCUUCACAUGCCCUAGAUUGGCUUCAAUAUGGAAAGAAACUUCUUGUUGUUCACUAUGAAGACUUAAAGAAAGAACUUAUUGGAAAUCUUAAAGAAAUGGUGUCCUUCCUUGGUGUCCUAGUAAACAAGGAUCGUCUCCUUUGUGUAGAGAACAACAAAGAUGGGAAUUUUAAGCGAAUAGGAUCCAACCAGACAGUUGUGGAUCCAUUCACACAAGAAAUGAAGAACACAAUAGAUGGAUAUAUCAGGACGGUAGAUAAAGCACUUAAAGCCAGAAACUUUACAGGCUUACCAGAGGAAUAUAUGCCGAGAUGAUAUCUGGAAAACAAGCAGUCUUUUGAGUUUGUAAGACUUUAUACACUACUGACAACUGCAGAAUCUCUCCACUGUCCUAUGUGCUUCUAAGAAGCUCCAUGUUGAAAUAGAAACAAAGUAAAGAAUAGUACAGAGCUGGCUGUAAACCAAGGCUGAAGCUAUUAACAUUUUUCUAUGUCUUUUCCUCCACUGUAAUGAUGACUGGGAGAUGUACACUUGUACAAUGUGUUUUCUGGACCUGGCUCCUUUGUUGAUGUGUGCUGCCUUUUAGCAAUAUUUUUUCAGGAAUAGUUUCAAAUGUUGCAGAGGCAGAACCUGCAACUGUCAGAAUUUCCUUCUGUAAAAAAAUAAAAAAAAUAAAAUAAAGGUUGGGAGAAA